AUGGAAUCUGACUGCUACAAAUACGUAAAGAAGAGCCACAAAUUCCAUAUCCAUGCUGAUAAGAUCCAUGUGCCUCCAAUGCUUCUCAAUGUUAUCUCUUCUCCGUGGCCUUUCUCCAAGUGGGGAAUUGAUAUGAUCGGAAUGAUUGAACCAAAGGCUUCAAAUGGACACUGUUUAAUCUUGGUCGCCAUUAAUUACUUCACCAAAUGGGUUGAAGCUGCUUCUUACACCAAUCUUACUCGACAAGUGGUAGUAAUAUUUAUCAAGAACAAUCUCAUCUGUCGCUAUGGCAUACCCAACAGAAUCAUUAUUGAUAAUGGUUCCAACCUGAACAACAAGAUGGUGAAAGAGCUGUGUGGUGAAUUUAAGAUUGAGCAUCACAAAUCCUCUCACUACCGGCCAAAAAUGAAUGGAGCGGUAGAAGCGGCUAACAAGAAUAUUAAGAAGAUUGUCAAGAAAAUGGUUGUGACUUGUAAGACUAGCAUGAAAUGCUCCCUCUUGCUCUGUAUAGGUACCGCACUACAGUUCGCACUUCAACUAGGGCAACACUUUUAUCCUCGGUAUAUGGCAUGGAAUUUGUGCUCCCAAUCGAGGUUGAAAUUCCCUCCUUGA